AUGACAAAAGUUACUGUGAAUUGGGUUAGAUUGGUCAUAGAGUUUUGUGAAGAAGAACGCAGAUUCUUUUUAAUGAGCUUAGUCGGCGCUAACCGCCGGCCUGGUAUGAGGCGUCUACGUCGACCGUCCUACUGCUCACCCCCUCAAGAGCCCUUAAGUACAACCCACCUUAUCCUUCCCUUACAUCUGAUCCUUCUAGUUUUACCCAUUAUUCAUACACAAAUGACCAACCACAAUUUACCCAAAACAUUUCAUCCUAAAGAAUUAAGAAAUAAUGUCACAGAUAGAAUAAUAAAUGUACCAGAAGAUACAAAUAGUCAAAACAAAACUAUAGGAAUUGAUGUAAACGGUACAGUUAAUAGAUACCAAGCACUCCUAAAUAGAUUUAGAAGAAAAAGAACUAAUACCGAUUUAAGCGUAAUUGAUAUAAAGCCUAAUAAUAUGUCAUUAAAUAAUAAUAAAACAGUAGAAUAUUUAAAAACAUCUAAACUAGCAAAAGAUUUGAAAUAUAACUUUAUAGUUAGAAAUAACAGUUCUAGUGUAAGAUCGAUACGACAAAAUGCAAAAACAGAUCAAAAGAAAAAAGAAACGAUGGGUAAAAUCAAGCUUGACGAUUCGACACAAACACGAUUAUUUCAUGAUUAUUCAGUAACAAUCAAUAGAAGUGCUUGGAGAAAAGAAUUAGCAAACGAUACUGAAAACAGUGAUAUUGGCGAUAUUUUUUUUAGAAAAAAUAAGCAAAUUGGACGUGAUGUUAUCUUUACAGCUUCAAAUGAUUCAUUAGUUCCUGAAAACCUCACCCAUCCUUCAGUUAAAAAUGUUUUAAAGUCAACAAAACCAACGUUCACUAACGCAUUCCAGAAGAACGGAACUAGUAGAAUAGUAUCAAUCCUCGGUCUAUUUGAGCUGUCAGUGGGAGACCAUCCGCGGGCAGAUGGCAUGUCAGAGCUAGCCGCGGCCAAGCUGGCGGUACAUCAUGUAAACCAAAGGACCCUCUUGCCAGGAUACAAACUACAUCUUAUCGCCAAUGACACAAAGUGUGACCCAGGAGUGGGCGUGGACAGAUUCUUUCACGCGCUGUACACAGAGAGGGAAUCACGACUAGUGAUGCUCCUCGGCACUGCCUGUUCCGAAGUCACCGAAAGCAUUGCUAAGAUCGUACCUUAUUGGAACAUUGUUCAGGUAUCCUUCGGCUCCACUUCUCCGGCUCUGAGCGACAGAUCUGAAUUUCCACUUUUCUGCAGAACAGUGGCUCCUGACUCCUCACAUAAUCCAGCACGAAUCGCUUUCAUCAGACAGUUCGGCUGGGACACAGUGACGGCGUUUUCCCAAAACGAAGAGAUUUACUCCCUGGCUGUCAACGAACUAGUGACGCAGUUGGAAGCUGCCAACAUAACAUGUGCCGCCUCUAUCACAUUCGCUGAAUCCGAUUUUAAAGAACAAUUAAAACAACUUAAGAAACUAGAUACCAGGAUUAUAAUAGGGAGCUUUUCUCAAGAAAUGUUACCGAAGAUUUUUUGCGAGGCCUAUCAGUUGGGGAUGUUUGGGGCGGAGUACGCGUGGCUGGUGGCCGGGGCUCCGCCUCGGAUCAGGGGUGCUUCGCCCUGCACCCGCUCUCAACUGGCUCGGGCUCUAGAAGGACUUGUCUCGGUCACUGCGCAUCGUGGUAUCGUUGGUGACGUGGUCUCUUAUUCAGGCUUGACAAACGAAAUGUUCUACCGGGAGAUGCAAGGGGCAGGUGUACCGCUGUCCCCCUUUGCACCCCACACGUAUGACGCUGUGUGGGCGAUAGCGCUAGCUCUGAGCAAAGCUGAGCAGCUGUGGCGAAGCCUGGAGACAAACAAUGGCAAAUUUGGAUUAGGACAUUUCGACUAUAACAGAAAGGAUAUGGCUGAAGAAUUUCUAAAUCAACUGGCUAAUUUAAGCUUUCUUGGUGUUUCGGGUCCAGUCUCAUUUAACGGAGCCGACAGGAUAGGCAUGUCCGCUUUUUAUCAGAUUCAAGGUGGGCGUCCAAAAACAGUAGCACUAUACACUCAUGGCAAAGAGAUGACAUGCCCAGAGUGUGCAAGACCACAGUGGGCGGGCGGCGUCCCCGCGGCCAGGCGGGUACUAGUCCUGCGAGUAGACUCCGUGUGGGCCCCCGCGAGGCUUGCUGUAGCAGCUCUUAGUGGCGCUGGUGUUGCCCUGGCUUUAGCGUUUUUAGCAUUCAAUUUACAUUAUAGUAAACGAAGAUUUAUAAAGCUCUCGUCGCCUCGCCUCAAUAACAUGACAUUGAUCGGUUGCGUGCUGGUGUAUACCGCGGUCGCACUUCUGGGCGUGGACAACGCAAUAUUGCCGUCAUACAUACCAUUUUCUGCUAUGUGCACAGGAAGAGUUUACAUUCUAUCAGCUGGAUUUUCUUUAGCGUUCGGUUCAAUGUUCGCGAAGACGUAUAGAGUUCAUAGAAUAUUUAUAAGUAAUCGAAGCGGUGUAUGUAAAACCAAACUUCUGCAGGAUACUCCUCUGAUAUCCUUAGUUUGUGCGCUUCUCGUGAUCGACGGACUUAUAGUGACAUUGUGGGCUAUUCUAGAUCCAAUGGAACGACAUCUAAAAAAUUUAACUGUCGAAAUCAGCGCCACAGAUAGGAGUGUGGUGUAUCAGCCACAGAUAGAAGUUUGCAAAUCCCAGAACACAGCAGGCUGGUUGUGUGCACUGUACGCUUAUAAAGGUCUAUUACUAAUAGUUGGUGUCUACAUGGCGUGGGAGACUCGAAAUGUGGAAAUUUCAGCCCUCAACGAUUCUAAAUAUAUCGGUAUCAGUGUAUAUUCUGUUGUGAUAACCAGCGCGAGUGUUGUGGUUAUUGGCACCAUCAUAUCUGAAAGAGCUACUUUGGCGUACAUAACUAUCACCAGUCUGAUCCUAAUUGCGACGACUUCAACGCUGUGUUUACUGUUCUUGCCCAAAAUUAUAGCAAUUAAAUGUAAAGCUGAAGACGAUCCCGUUAUACAAAGCAUGGGCUUACGACUUGAGUGUAAAACUAGAAGAUUUGUGACAGAUGAAACUCAAGAACUACAUUUCCGAACAGAAAUACAAAACAAAGUUUAUAAACGGGAAGUUGCUGCAUUAGAUCGUGAAAUAGGCAGGCUGGAGAAGAUGUUAGCAGAACCUUUGGAUCAGGGAUCCAACGCGUCUGUUGUCUUACAUAAACGAACGGAACUCAAUACAGUUGAAGAAGAAUGCCGUCCAGAAACAAAUAAACGGACACCCAGUAUAAGUGGCGGUCUACCAAUGCUCCUUUUAUCAGUACUCCCUCCAGUCAUACCUCGAGCGAGCUGGCCUUCCGCCGAAACUUGCUCAAGAAACUCAGUAAGCUUCAGCUCGCAGCCGAAAUUAAAUAGAAAGUCUCAACCUAAUAUAGAUUUGUACAAUCUUUGUCUGAAUAGACGUGAUGAAAACCAAGGUUUCCUUAGUAGAUUGAAAAACUUUUUCGGUAGUAGAACAGCAAGCCGAAAAGCCUCGACUAUGUCUAUAGCAGAUCCAACAGGACAAAGUAUAGCGGCUGCAUUAAAGAUGCACGUGGGUAUGAUCGCAGGACUCGUCCCAGGGAAUAGAAAACAUUCUAUAGCAUUAUCCUGUAACACUCUGAAUGUUACUGAAAUGAAAUUACGACGGGAAUCUUAUGCCAAAAGUGGACCUAUCAUCCGGAUAGAAGACGAACCGACUUGUUCUAAAUAUGAGCACAAAUACGUCGCGGAACCAGAAACAAAAGUUAAUUUUAUGUUACCAAAAUCCCAUAAAAAUAUGUCCCAGCAAUCCUCAACUGAGAGGAUAAAGGGUUCCCCGAGAUUUCCCCAUAGAAUAGCUCCGACUACUAGUUUGAAUGUUUUGAGUAAAAGGAAGACAAGUGCUGACAGUGUCUUCUAUAUAUCGGAUGGGGGGUUCGACGAGCAUCGGCGGUACAGUCAUCAAAACGUGAAUCAGGAGAGUAAAGGAAAAGCUUCUUUGGAAAGCAGAUGGAAAUCUACAGAAGACGCAAGACCAGGACCUUCUUCGGGGAAU